AGGUGUGAAUUCAAAACUUGGAGACAGAAGUCAUUCAAGAUGGUGUUGGAGACGCUUUCAAAGAUCAUUAAAAUUCAACUUCCAGCCUAUCUAAAGAAAUUACCGCUCCCAGAGACUAUUGGAGGCUUUGCGAGGCUGACAGUUUCAGAGUGGCUCCGCCUGCUCCCUCUGCUCGGGAUCCUGGCUCUGCUCGGAUACCUGACCAUCCGGCCCUUCCUGCCCAAGAAGAAAAAACAAAGAGACUGUCUGAUAAACCUAAAGAUUCAGAAAGAGAACCCCAAAGUAGUGAACGAGAUCGACAUCGAAGACCUCAAAAGUACAAACGUCUGCUACUGCCGGUGUUGGAGGUCUAAAACGUUUCCUGUUUGUGAUAAAUCACACAUAAAGCACAAUGAGCUGACCGGGGACAAUGUGGGGCCACUGAUCCUGAAGAAGAAGAUUCUAUAAUCUGGUGUUCGUCGUGAGAGAAGAGUGCAGCAUGUGGUCUUACAUGCUCUUGAAGCCAGUUGUUCUUUUCUCACGUUUAUUCAUUGCUGGUUCAAAAAGAUAAAUUUAACCUUUCGGAUUGUCUGAGUCAUUUUUAUUUCGGUUGUGAUUAGUUGUGUUUUUAGUUAGGAUGGCUGAUGUAGGUUCUGAAGUGAACUAUAACUGGACCACAAUGUUAGCUUAGAUUGUUUUGUUUAGAUUUUGAGAGAUGAGUAUCUUAUUUUUCGAAAUGUUUAUUAAUGAUGUUUCACUGAUGUUAUCUAAAGCUGUCCUGAGAUUAUUAUGAAAUAUUUGUUUUUUUUUUUACAGAUUGAUCACUCAGAAUGUAGUUUUAUCAGUACUGCUUUUGAAAAUCCACAUUUCCAAACAGCCUCGUUUCUUCAUUUCUGAACAUUUCCAUACGUGUUUAAAGCAGUGGUUCUGAACCUUCAAAAUUCUGUUCACGCCGCUCGGGUGGCGCGGCGGUAAAAACACACGCUGUUCACCAGAGCUGAGAUCUCGAAUACAUCGCAUGGAAUCUCCGCUCUGAGCGGCCACAUGAACAACGAUUGGCCUGUUGUUCAGAUAGGGGCGGGAUUAAGCCGGAUGUGGACUCUCUCUCAGACUAGUGCGAUUACGACCUCUGCUGGCCGGUUGGUGGUGCCUGCACGGAGAUGGGGAAGGAGUGCGGUAGAGGGUGUGGCUCUCCGUACACAGCGCUGUACUGCACUGCACUCGUCAUGUGUAGGUGAUAAGAUGUUCGAUUGCUGUGCACGUGUCGGAGGGGGGCGUGGAGCAGCCUCGUCCUCCCCAAUCAGGAGCAGGGACCAGCAUUAGUGAGAGGAUGAUUGACGGGCAGAAAUCGGAUGCACUAAAGUGGGAGAAAAGGGGGGAAAAAAAUUGUAAAAAAAUGCAGUUUCUCAGCACAAUUUCUGUGUUUUUGGAAAUAGUUCUAGUAGCAAUUCUAAAAAUAAUUGAAGGCAAUAUUUAGUAAAAUGUUUAGAUUUAUUGACAAAUAUCUGAAAAUAGUUCUAUCAAUGCUGUUUCGUUAAGUUAAUUUUUGAACUCUUUUUCUCAUACAUCUUUUCUCACUAUCUUUGGUUUCAGCAGCCAAUCACACCAAUCGUAGAGGCAGAAACUGUGAUAGUUUAAACUUACCACAUCCUUUAAUCUAUUUAACAGCUAGUUUUCAAUCUUACACUGUGUAAGAACUGGGUAAAACUGUUUCAUCUUGCCCCCCGUAUCGCUCACCUCUAUGUUAAGACCAAUAAACAAACCAAAUAUUUUCUUUGUA